CAUGUGAUUUCCGUGUUAGCGACAAUGAAAAUGUAUAGUUUUUAUCGAGUUACUGAUAGUAUACAAAAUUAUUUUGUCAUUUCAGUGGUAUAUUUGAAGAAAAAAAAAUUACAAUGAUGAGAUACCGACGAAACGGUGUCGCCUUUAUAAUUAAUCAAUUUCAAAAUAAUUUUUGUAAACAAGGUCCUAAUAUUGUCAAAGCAAAUAUUGUACAAAGUAGUCAAAUAAAUGGUUCCAACUUGACUAUCAAACAAAAUUAUGUUACUAAGAUAGAUGAACAUUUGGCUACAUAUGAAGAAGUAGCAAAGAGUGUGAACAAACCAAAGAAAAUUAUUGUGGAUGUACGUAAUCAAGAUGAAAUCAAAACCACAGGUCAGAUCCCUUCAAGUAUCAACAUACCAGUGAAGAAUAUACAAGAAGUAUUGGAGUCAAUGUCUGAAGCAGAGUUUCAAAGAAAGUACCACAGGCGUAAGCCUUCACAAUCUGAUGAAUUAAUUUUCUAUUGCAAAUCAGGAAAGAGAGCUACAGAGGCAACUAAUGUUGCUUUAAAACUUGGUUAUUACAAGUCCAAAAAGUAUCUGCCUGGCUGGGAUGGAUGGAAUGAAAAAAACAAAUCUUAUAAAAAUACUUGAAUUAUUUACAAUUCAUGUAUAUUGCAUACCUGUUAAAGUAACCACUCAGUUUAAAAAAUAUUUAUUCCUAGUAUACCUUAAUCAUACUCAAAACAACAAUUAUCUUUUAUCUUCUACUCUUUCAACAAAAUCAAUUUGAUAAAGCCAUAAUGUAUAGAAAGAUAGCUUUAUAAUUUUAAAAUUAAGUUAAUAAAAAGAUUGAAAUUUUGUGAACCUUUUAAUUAGUAAAAUGUCUAUGAGGAGGCAACAGCUUUCUUAGGGGUAGGUUGGCCCUCUUUGAAACCAUU